AUCCAUGCACUAUAGUGCUUGGCUACCUUUUCUUCCUACUGCAUCCCCUUAAGAGGCAAGCUGCUAACUAUGCUGAAGAAGAUGUUGUUUCUCCUGGCCUUGUUGGCUUUAGUGCUGGCUUUUCCAACAGGAACCCCAGAUGCUGUCAUUUCCACACAGGACACCACAGCAGGUCCUACUGUUCUAACUUUACUAGAUUCCACCUGGUCUAACAUUGAAGACACUACAGCAAAGAUGGGAGAUGCUGUCACUGUCCAGCAGGACACCACAGCAGGUCCUACUGAUUCUACCAGGCCUAAUGCUGAGGAGUCUACUGCAAAGAUGGGAGAUGUGGUCGCCAUCCAGCAGGAGGUUACCACAGCAGGUCCUACUGGUACCACCAGGUUGACCACUGAGGAGUCUACAGGAAAGAUAGGAGAUUCUACCACUGAGGAAUUGAUGGCAAAAAUGGAUGCUGUCACUGUCCAGCAGGACACCACAGCAGGUCCUACUGUUCUAGAUACUACCAGGUCUAACCCUGAGGAGUCUACAGUGAAGGGAGAUGUGGUCACCAUCCAGCAGGAGGACACCACAGCAGGUCCUACUGGUGCAGACACCGUCCAGCAGAAUACCACAGCAGGUCCUACUGUUCUACUAGAUUUCACCAGGUCUAACACUGAAAAGUCUACAACAAAGAUGGGAGAUGUGGUUGCUGUUCAGCAGAAGUACACCACAGCAGCUUCUACUGUCUAUUUCUUUGUUUUACUAGAUUCCAACCAGUCUACCACUGAGGAAUUGAUGGCAAAGAUGGACACAGUCACUGUCCAGCAGGACUCCACAGCACAUCCUACUGAUGUCACCAGUUCAACCACUGAAGAGUCUACAAUAAAGAUGGGAGAUGCUAUCACGGUCCAGCAGGAUGUCAUCACCACAGCAGGUCCUACUGAUUCCACCAGGCUUACCACUGAAGAAUCUAUGGCAAAGAUGGAUGCAGUCACUGUCCAGCAAGAUACCACAACACGUCCUACUAAUUACACUAGUUUGACCACUGAGGAGUCUACAGCAAAGAUAGGAGAUGCUAUCACUGUCCAGCAGGAUGUCAUCACAGCAGGUUCUACUGAAUCCAUCAUUUCCCAGCAGGAAGAUGCCACAGCGGGACCUAUUGUUUCCACUGGGCCUAAUACUGAGGCGUCUACAGCAAAAAUAGAUAUCAUCAUUUCUAACUCUGAAAACUCAACUGUGCAGACAACAGACUCUACUUCCCUCCCCACUGAAGUAUUCACAGUGAGUGAUACAGUGCAACCCAGCAGCAGUUUGAAUACAGAGUCUACAACUGGGAAUACACAAGGAACCACCAACACCACAGAAAGUAAGGGGAGCACAGAUCAGCUCUGUAAAAUUAAGAUGCACAAGUGAAUCCAGCCUUAAGUCCCAGGGUUCGCUGCAUGCUGACCUCAGCCUGUCCAGAAACAUCUAAGCCUUAGAUCUCCAUAGCUUCUAAAAGUAGUUUUGAAGGAUAUUGGUGUUAAAAUCUUAAGUUUUUCCUUGU